AGAUCAUACUAAGCAUAUCACAUAUUGACACGAUAAUAAUUUAUUAGCUUAAUCAUUGAGACAACAAUACCGAGUGAACCACUAACUAUGAUAUGACAUAAAAGUGGCGAGUGGGGGUCAGUUGACUCUUUUUAAAUUUACGCAAGAAAUCUUAUGAAAUUUGGUUUAUAGAAAAUAAUCAUUUGUUAAAGUGUAAAAAUGGAUAUGGAGGAAGAAAUAAUUAACGCAGAUGAUGAAGAAAUUUCAUAUUUUGAAUCUAUUACAGACUACGUAUGGAGCUUUUUAGGGUUUGUUCAAAAUAAUGGAUGGUACUUCCUGGCUUUUAUCAUUUUGUUGGCAUAUUUAGUCCCCAAAUUAUGGCCUCAUUAUUUAAAAUGGUUAAAACAAAGAGCAGAAGCUGCAUAUGAUGCAGACAUUAAAAAAAAUCCAGAUUUAUUUAAACAAAAACAAGAGGAAUUACAAAAGGCUCGAAUAAAAUUCCAAGAAGAAUAUGAGAAAAAGGCAAAAAUAGCACUAGAGAAACAAAAAGAAAAAGAAAAGAAAAUAUUAGAAGAAAAACAAGCAUUAUUAAAUAAUGGAACUUCUGGGCAGUCCAUUAACAGGUCUCAAAAGUCCAAGAAUUCAAAACCAGAUUACAAUCCUUUAAUGGGGUCUGGUAGUGGUUCAAAUUAUAGACCUCCAAGGAGAAGUGCAUGUUCUGGAGGUGGAUGUGGAUGAAAGCAAAAUAUAAAUAUUCUAUUAAAAUAAUUAAUAUCAUUAAAAAAUUUAUAUUUUAUAAUAUUACUAAUAAAUAGUUUAUUUCUUCAGCUCAUAUUUAUUGUAAACCAAACUUACAAAUAGAUUACAUCUGCACAAGUGUAAACAUUGAAAAACUUAUAAAUUAUAAUAUUAAUAUUAUCAUAAUUGUUAAAUCAUUAUACUUUAAAACAAUAACCUGAAAAUAUAACAUUAUUUUUAUUUUAUUUUAUUAGAAUAAGCUUUGGCAGCGAAGGCCACUGGCUGACGUUUGACAAUUAACAAUGACUAUAAUAUUAUUAUUUAUGUAACCAAGAAUAUAUU